AUGCAUUACUCUCAGGAUAUUUUGUACUGGCUACUAUUUGGAUGGCAACAACCAAUGACCAAGGCAUCUCUGCACGACCUCAAAGAUUUCGCCCGUCAAUCCAGCCUUGACGUUGUCUACUCAGAGACCGGGCGUGACCGUGACGGCAAAGGAAGCUUUGUUGAAUUCGAGACCGCUGCGGACCUUAAAACCGCAGUGGAGAAGCUCGAUGGUCGCGAAUUUAAGGGUGUUCGUGUAACUUGUAUUGCAGACACUCAGCCGGACAUCCCCCGCGAUCGGGCUCGAUCCCGAUCCCCAGCUCGCCGACCUAACCCGGAUGAUUAUGACCGCCGUGGUCCAUCUCGUGGAUACAGCCCCCGCCGCGAAGGAUAUCGUGACAGAAGCCCACCUCGUCGUGGCUACUACGAGGACGACCGUCGCGGCUACCGUUCACCUCCAAGAGCUCGUGGCCCCGUUGAUGAUUAUCCACCUCCUCGUCGAUUUGAUGACCCAUAUCGACGUGAUUACCCUCCUGACCCAUAUGUCAAUGGCCAUGGCAGACCUCCUCCACGGGACUACCCACCAAGGGAUUAUCCGCCAAGGGAGCGCCGGGGAUACGCUGACGACUAUCCUCCUGCUCGCUACUGGUAA